CAGCAUAGUUGGAACCACCAGUGCCUUGGACACUCUCGAUCAACAGACUCUAGCUGAUCAGUCCUACCUAAGCUUGUUCCCUAGCAAGCAAUGGGGUGCUCCAAACUCAUAGCUGGCAUGUUCACCAUGCUCCUCCUUGCUCCGGCUGUCCUGGCCACCGACCCUGACCCUCUCCAGGACUUUUGUGUGGCCGACCUUGACGGCAAGACGGUCUCAGUGAACGGCCACCCAUGCAAGCCCAUGUCGGAGGCCGGCGACGACUUCCUCUUCUCUUCCAAGCUGGCCAAGGCCGGCAACACGUCCACCCCGAACGGCUCCGCUGUGACGGAGCUCGACGUGGCUGAGUGGCCCGGUACGAACACGCUGGGCGUGUCCAUGAACCGUGUGGACUUUGCGCCGGGAGGCACCAACCCGCCGCACGUCCACCCGCGCGCCACCGAGAUUGGCAUCGUGAUGAAAGGUGAGCUCCUCGUUGGUAUCCUUGGCAGUCUCGACUCCGGGAACAAGCUCUACCCCAGGGUGGUGCGCGCUGGAGAGACGUUCCUCAUCCCACGCGGGCUCAUGCACUUCCAGUUCAGCGUCGGCAAGACGAAGGCCUCCAUGGUCGUAUCCUUCAACAGCCAGAACCCGGGCAUUGUCUUCGUGCCACUCACGCUCUUUGGCUCCAACCCACCAAUCCCCACGCCGGUGCUCACCAAGGCGCUUCGGGUGGAGGCCGGGGUCGUCGAACUUCUCAAGUCCAAGUUCGCUAGCGGGUCCUAAUUCCUGGGAGCCAGCCCUGAAAUGAUCAAUACAUAAUUCCAUAUAUGCAUGCUAGCGAAAUUUAAUAAUUCUCCACAGAAGACAUGUAUUCAAGCUUCUGGUUAAGCUCCAUGCAGUUGUAAUAAAAUUGAAUAAGUUAGCCUCGCAGUUCAGCCUUCAGAACCGAUAUGAGGAAUUGAAAUGUACUACUUUUUAUUGUGGUCUUUGUUCUUUUCAUUGAGCAAAAUAUAUAAUUAUCUUUUUUGCAA